AUGACCACUUCAGCAACUCUUCCCCGCCUCACUGUGCCACCUGACACUGCCUCACAACUUGCCACAGACAGUGAAGAGCUCAGCGAGGAUGAGGUAAGUGGGCCUCAAUUAAGUUGUCAUCGUCUGCUCAAUAUGAAUAACAACAAUAACAGUGAAGAGGAGAAAAAGAAAAAAAGGAAAAAGGAGAAGAAAGAGAAGAAGGAGAAGAAAGAGAAGAAAGAAAAGAAGGAAAAAGAGCAGAAGGAAAAGGAAGAAAAGGAAGCAAAGGAGAAAGAGGCAAAGGAAAAGGAGGCAAAGGAAAAAGAGGCAAAGGAAAAAGAAAAAGAAAAGAACAAAGAUAAGCCCAAAGAAUUGUUUGUCAUUAAUCCUGCUGGGAGUUUGUAUUACAACUGGCUGUUCAUCAUCACGCUGCCGGUCAUGUACAACUGGACCAUGAUCAUAGCCAGGGCUUGCUUUGAGGAGCUGCAGCAUAACUUCAUCAUUUACUGGGUUUUUCUGGACUACACAUCAGACUUAAUCUACCUGGCUGAUAUGUUUGUCAGGACCAGAACAGGUUACCUUGAGCAAGGCCUGAUGGUGAAAGAUGAGAAGCUGCUAAGGGAUCGCUACAUGGCCAGCUUUCAGUUUCGUCUCGAUUUUAUCUCCAUGGUGCCCACUGACGUCCUCUAUUUAUACUUCGGCCUCGACUACCCAGAGAUCCGCAUCAACAAGCUACUGAGAAUCAGCCGCAUGAUGGAGUUCUUCACGAAGACGGAGACUAAAACCAACUACCCCAACAUCUUCCGCAUUGGAAACUUGAUCAUGUAUAUCCUCAUUAUCAUCCACUGGAAUGCUUGCUUCUUCUUCUCUUUCUCCAAAUCCAUUGGAUUUGGUGCUGACGACUGGGUUUACCCGGCUCUGGAUGAUCCUGACGAGCCUGCAUUUGGGGAGCCCAUGAGGAAGUAUGCAUUCAGCCUCUACUGGUCCACACUGACCCUGACAACCAUUGGAGAAACUCCACCACCAGCCCUGGACUCAGAAUUUCUCUUCCACGUGGUUGACUUUUUAGUUGGGGUCUUAGUCUUUGCCACCAUUGUUGGAAACAUUGCCACCAUGAUCUCAAAUAUGAAUGCCGCCCAAGCUCAGUUUCAAUCUCGAAUUGACAACAUCAAGCAGUACAUGCAGGUCCGAAAGGUCAGCAAGGAUCUCGAGUUGCGAGUCAUCAAGUGGUUUGACUAUCUGUGGAAUAACGGCAAGGCACAGGAUGAAAGAGAGGUACUCAGGUAUCUUCCAGACAAACUAAAGGCAGAGAUUGCCAUCCAAGUCCACAUGGAUACCCUGAGGAAAGUUCGUAUUUUUGCAGACUGUGAGGCAGGCCUUCUGAUCGAGCUAGUGCUCAAGCUGCGACCACAGGUGUUCAGCCCCGGAGACUAUAUCUGCAAAAAGGGUGACAUUGGCCGUGAGAUGUACAUCAUCAAAGAUGGAAAACUUGCGGUUGUUGCUGAUGAUGGUGUCACACAGUUUGUUGUGCUGGGAAGUGGCAGCUAUUUUGGUGAAAUCAGUAUCCUUAACAUUAAAGGCAGUAAAGCAGGCAACCGGCGAACAGCCAACAUCCGCAGCAUUGGAUACUCAGACCUCUUCUGCCUGUCCAAGGAUGACCUGAUGGAGUCACUGGUAGAGUAUCCGGAUGCCAAAGGAAUGCUAGAGGACAAAGGCAGGCAGAUCCUGAUGAAAGACGGUCUGAUAGAUUUGGACCCAGCUAACAUCAUGCCUGAGGUCAAAGAGCUGGAAGAGAAGGUCAACAAAUUGUACAGCACAAUGGAGCUGAUGCAGACCAAACUAAAGAAAAUUCUGGGAAAUUAUAAGAACCGUGACAAGGUUCUCAGACAUCGCAUAAAAGAUCUAGAGCACCUAACAGGAGAAGAAGUGGAAGACGAGGAUGAGGAGGAAGAAAAGGUUAAAAAGGAAGAGAUAGCGGUGGAAGAGGAGAAAAAGGAAGAUGAAAAGUUGGAAGUGGGGGAAGGAGAUGGGGAGAAAGUAAAGAAAGAAGAGGAAAAGAGCGAGGAGACCAAAGAUGAAGAAGUAAAGGGUGAAGAGGCAAAACAUGAGGAAAGAAAGGGUGAAGAAGCAAAAGAAGAAGAGAAAACAUAA